UUAACUGAGAAGCCAGGCUCGAGAAACCCAUGGAGGGAGGCGAAGACAAGCCAGUCCGAUCUCCUGCCGCAGCGAUGGAGGAGGAGGUUCCGGCGGGUCUUACGGCGGAGGAGUACGCGGAAAUCCGGCCAAGGAUCGAGUCCCACCACAGGUACCGCGUCGGGCAGGGGCAGUGCUCCUCCCUACUCGCCCAGCGGGUCCGGGCACCCGCCGCCACCGUGUGGUCGGUGAUCCGGCGGUUCGACCAGCCGCAGGCGUACAAGCACUUCAUCCGGAGCUGCGUCGUCAAGGGCGGUGGCGAGAUCCGGCCUGGGUGUCUCCGCGACUUGUGCGUCGUCUCCGGCCUCCCGGCGAGCACCAGCACCGAGCGGCUGGACCUCCUCGACGAGGACCUGCGGGUGACCGGGUUCUCCAUCGUCGGCGGCGAGCACCGGCUCCGUAACUACCGUUCCGUCACGACCGUCGACGAUCUCCGAGGUUGCGGCGAAGAGAUCUGGGCGGUGGUGCUGGAGUCGUACGCGGUGGACGUGCCGGAUGGCAACACGGAGGAUGACACCAGGUUCUUCGCCGACACCGUCGUCCGCCUCAACCUCCAGAAGCUCGCGACCGUGGCGGAGGCAAUGGCAGCGGCCGAGCCGUCGCCGUCGCCGUCGCCGUCGCCGUCGCCGUCGCAGCCGCCCGCGGAGAAGGGGAACUAAGAGGACCAACCCCCGCACUCACGGCCGACGACUCGACGAGAGAUGUCGGCGACAUGACGCAAUAACGAGGUAGUCUUAACCGUGUAAAUUUACAUAAAAGUCCUUCUACUUCAGUAAUAUCACAGGAGCCCCGGGCGGUGUGUCUCGGUUGCCAAUCUCUUGCCGAAGCAGGGGUGUCACGGUAAUUUCAACAACAACUUCUUCUUCUUCUUCUCCUUCUCCCCCUUUGACUCGUUUUGUGGUGGAAUCGGGUCUGUGGGAAAAAGGCAUUUAAUGCUCCAAAAUAAACAACUAAAGAUGCGUGCGUCAGAGAAACUAUGUGGUACGCAAGCAGACAUGCAGAUGCACCAUCCCAUUUCUCUACCGUCGUCAUCAUCAUAUUAUUAUUGUUAUUAUUAUAUUAGGGCAUCUUUUUGGGGCUGUUGAAGGUGGUGCAUUGCUUUGCUAGUGGCUGCUGACCAAGUUCGAUCUUGCACACCCAAGAUUGGCUGCUAAAGAUUUGUAGCCCCGCGAAGCUGUGGCGGUGGCGGUGUCUCAACAUGUCUUGUACCACUGUCAGCGGAAAGAGAAAACAGUGCGGCAGUAGUUGUUCCUCCGAGAAACAACAUGGUUUUUCUUUGGAAGAAGGAAAGAACAUUUGAAAGAUGAAAAGUCCUCAAUGGUUUCUUGCAAAGCCACACUAAAAACCAUAAGAUCUCAUUGCUGUUUGAUACAUGGAAAUCAUGCAAGUCUUUUCUGUAUUGUGGCUGUGAUGCUUCUAAGGAUCUCACUGCCUCUUCAGUCGGUUCCAUGCUGAUGCUAAAUCUCCAUUGCCUCAUAUCCUUUUCUUUAUUUCCCUCUCUCUCUCUCUCUCUCUCUCUCUCUCUCUCUCUCUCUCUCUAUAUAUAUAUAUAUAUAUAUAUAUAUAUAUAUUGAAGUGUGCUUUUAUUUAAUGUCAACGUUGCUGUCAUUCUUCUUCAUCUUCGAAUAGAAAAAAGUAAGAGGAGGCAGCCCUGAAAGAAAAGAAAGAGAAAGAGAAAGAAAAGGAC